UGCCUGCUGGACUACGUACAUGAACACCAGGAGAACAUUGGCUCCCAGCUGCUGCUCAACUGGUGUGUGCAGAUCGCAAAGGGUAUGAUGUACCUGGAGGAGAGGCGGCUGGUGCACAGGGACCUCGCGGCCCGUAAUGUCCUGGUGAAAUCUCCAAACCACAUUAAGAUCACUGAUUUUGGACUAGCUCGACUGCUGGAAACCGAUAAAAAAGAGUACAGUGCGGAUGGAGGCAAGAUGCCCAUUAAGUGGAUGGCCCUUGAGUGCAUUCACUACAGGAAGUUCACACAUCAGAGUGAUGUAUGGAGCUAUG